AUGGACGAGGCAAGACAAGUUUUUGAUGUUAUGAUUAGCAAGGGCUCCAUGGUUAAUGUUCGGAGUUGUAACACAUUGAUUAACGGAUAUUGCAAGGGUAAAAAGGUUGAUAAGGCUAACGAGAUUUUCAAAGAAAUGCGUCAUAUGGAAUUUCUUCCCAAUACCAUUACUUAUAACACUCUUAUUGAUGGUCUUUGCAAAGCAGGGAGACUACAAGAAGCAGAAAAGUUGUUCUCUGAGAAGCUAGGUUUUGGCCACCUUCCAGAUGUUCAAACUUACGCUGUUUUACUUGAUGGCCUGUGUAACAACCAGCAACUUUCUACGGGUUUGUUAGGUGAAGCAGAAAAGUCGCUGAGAGAAAUGGGAGGGAAAGGAUGUUCUCCAAAUGGUUGGACCUAUAACACCAUUAUCCGAGAGUUGUUAAAUAACAAAGAGACAUCAUGGGCUAUGGAACUUAUUCAAGAAAUGAUUCAGAAUUAUAGAUUGGAAUUUAGACUCUCCUUAAAGAAGUGCAUGAAGAAGAAGGGGCGCUUACAACAGAAAAUCGACAAGCUUGAUGCUUCCAACUUCGGCAUUGAGAUUCAGAUUACAUUGCUAGAAGAACGUGUCAAAGCUGAGAAUGAACCUAUUUACGAUGAACCACCGAUAAACGAAAGAUCUGCGCAUGCGGUGAAGUCCAUAGACAUAGGCAUGGCAAUGAACAAUGAUGAAUUGAGGGAAUCAAUACGUGAGAUCAAUAAGAACAUUGAAUACAUGCAACUGAAUUCCUCAGCAAAGUUAUGGAGGUGUUGUCGACACACAUUUAAGAAGCUGUUUUAA